AUGAGAGAUGUUGUCCGCGUCAUAUGCUGUCUGUAUCUUCCAGCGGAUGAAACCAUGGAAGCGAAUACCACGGACAGACAAAAAGAUAAUGACUGGAUAAAACCUGUCUCGGCUGCUGGAGUCAUUCCUGAACUUGAUGCGGCUCCUGCAUCUCGGCCAGCGAGAUCGACACUUGCUUGGGGCAUCAGACGUGGUUCAACAGCAAUCACAGGCCGUCUGCCAACGCUUAAUGUUGCAGUUCCAGCCGAGCUUCCUCCAAGGCAAUCAAAUAAUAACCAAGAGGAUGCUUCGACGCAGACAGAUUUCGAUGACUGCCUUGGGCAAAACAGCUCUCAAACAUCUCGACAUCGGACUUCUCUUCCUACAAUUCUCCGAGUUGACUUUUGA